AUGCCAGAAGAUAUCCUGGCGGUGGAUCCGGAUGUGUAUCUCACCACCACUUACGGUGAUGAUUGGCAGUCUAUCCCAUCGGAUGAGUUGGCGUUUGAGUCUUAUGAAGCUGGGCACAUCGUUUCCCUGGUGUUGGAUUCAGAUAACGAAAAUCCACUCUUUCAGUCGCCUAUUCGUUGCAAGAACCCGCAGAUCCUUGAUCUGGGAACUGGCCAAGGUAAUUGGGCAAUCGAUGUGGCCGACUUCCUACCCCAAGGUGAGCUAUUGAACACUCCUUUGCAGCUCUUGCACAAAUUUCUGUCAAAGAAAUGCUUACCAUUCUCAGCAACCGUACGCGGUGUCGACCUCUUUCCCCCUCCAAUAACCUGGGUACCCCCAAACUGCAUCCUAGAGGUCGACAAUGUCCUCGAAGACUGGACCUGGAAUGUUCCCCUUGACUUAAUUCACAUGCGAGGCAUGACCGCGUCCUUUGAACCGCAAGAGUGGAACCGUGUCUAUCAACAAUGCUACGACAACUUAAAACCCGGUGGCUGGAUCGAACAACUAGAAAUUAGCGCUGACGUAUCUUGCGACGACGGCAGCCUCCCGGAUGACAGCAUCCUACACACCUGGGGACCAAUGUUCGCCGACUGUACCGCACGUGCCGGGCGUCCUAUUCCCACAAUUGAUACCAUGGAUACUAGCAUGCGCAAUGCCGGCUUCGUCGACAUCCACGAGAAAGAGUACAAGUGGCCGAUUGGACCCUGGCCGCGUGAUCAGAAGUAUAAGGAGGCCGGCACGGCUCACUACCAGCAUUGGCUUUCUGGUAUGGAGGGCUGGUGCAUGUGGUUGCUUACCAAAUUUGGUGCACCAAAUCCUUGGUCCAAAGAUGAAGUCACUGUCUAUGUGGCGAAAUUGAGGGCCGAGAUUAAGAAUCCGCGCUACCAUAUCUAUCAACGGGCACGUCGUGUUUGGUCACGUAAACCUUUCCCCGAAGAGCUUGCUAGGGAAGCAAGUGUGAAAACAGAGGGACCUCUUGACAUUGAUCCUCUUUAUAUCAAGCAAGAGCCCCAAGAAUGA